AUGCCCUACCUUGAUGUAGCUAUAGGGCUUACUCGUCGCGAAGAUGGGAGCGCGGUUUUCCCUGCCAGGCUCUUACCCGCCUGGAACUUCCGGGUUCUAAGUGCCGGAGAUACGAUACUGAAGCUUACCGGAGCUCGGGCUAGUAACCAGGGCAAGACCGCAGAGGUAGCUGGCUUUUGUGACACUAUCCUGAAAAUCCCUAAUCUGCCGACGGACUUGACCUAUUCCAAUGAUAAAACAGCAACUAAAGCAAGAUACGAAGCCCAAUGCGGAUCUACAACCGACUCAAGUGGCAAAAAAAGAAAGAAGGGCGCAUGUGCAGACGAAACAGACAACUUGAACGCCCUUAUGGGCACGGGCAGCGCUCUGAAACUUUAG